AUGAUCAUCCGUUUUCGCUCCAAAGAUGGCAUGGUGAGAGUCAAAGUUGAGCAAACUGAUCCAUUCUCAAAGGCUUUGAACGAGGUUGCUGCCAAGUAUUCCAUAAAAGACCCUGAGCUGGUUUUCGUCAGCGAUAAGCCGAACGAAAGAGGAACUAACGCCACAGACCUUGCCGAUAGGUCCGUCGAAGAUCUAAAUUUGAAAAAUGGUGAUAUAAUCUUCUUGACAUACGAAUCUUCUGAGCUGCAAGCUUCAUCCGAGGGCCUGGGAGCCAGUAGAGAUCAGCAGACGGUACCUGUGAGAGAUACCACUCCGGCACCAAAAGCAGUGAAGCAACAUCCUGUUGACGAUUUGCUCGACAAGGAAGAAGGUCUCAUCAGAAGAUCUAAGUCGAAUUUAUGUAAUCAUGGCGACAGAGGUAUGUGUGAGUACUGCUCGCCUUUGCCGCCUUGGGACAAAAACUAUUUGAAAGAACAGGGAAUCAAGCAUAAGUCAUUCCAUGCCUAUUUAAAGGAAAUGAAUGAACAACAAAAUAAUUUUAGCAAGGCAUCUUCUUACAUUGCUCCAUUACAAGAUCUCAAUUACGCCAUCAACUUACGUUGUCCCGGUGGACACGCUCCAUACCCGGGAGGGAUUUGCUCAAAGUGUCAACCAGCACCAAUCACGCUCCAGCAGCAACCAUUCCGUAUGGUUGAUCAUGUCGAAUACGCUGAUCAUUCCAUUCUCAACACCUUCAUCGAUGUUUGGAGACAAGCCGGAGUUCAAAGAUACGGCGUUCUCUACGGUAGAUAUGAGCCUUUUCAAAAGGUUCCUCUUGGCAUUAAAGCAGUGGUUGAGGCUAUCUAUGAACCUCCACAGCUGGGUGAGUUCGAUGGCAUUACCCUCCUUCCUUGGGAGAACGAAGCAGAUGUUGAUAAAGUCGCCCAAGCACUUGGCUUGCAGAAAGUCGGUGUAGUCUUCACCGAUUUGACGGAUUCAGGCCGCAAAGAUGGGUCAGUUUUGUGCAAGCGUCAUAAAGAAUCUUACUUUUUGUCAUGCGUCGAAGUUAUGAUGGCUGCGAAGAAUCAAGUUGCUCAUCCAAACUACAGCAAGUACUCUGAGACUCAGGACUUCUCUUCCAAGUUUGUUACUUGCGUCAUAACAGGAAACCUCAAUGGGGAGAUUGAGCCCCACUCGUAUCAAGUUUCUCGCAGUGCUGAGGGUCUUGUCAAGGCUGACAUUAUUUCUGCCUCUACGCAUCCCAACAUGCUUUGCAUCAAUAAAACACAAGGUUCAAGAUACGUUCCUGAUGUAUUCUACUCAAAAAUCAAUGAGUAUGGUUUGGAGGUCAAGGAAAAUGCCAAACCAGCGUUUCCAGUCGAGUUCUUGUUAGUAACUCUUCUGGACUCGUUUCCAUUGGAGCCCAAACCGAUGUUUAAGCAGCAGUUCGUCGUCGAGAAUAGAGAGUUUUUGGGGGAGCUUCAAGAUCUCAAAGCUGUGCAAAGACAAAUCCAACAAGGCGAUGAGGAUGGCUCUCACCUUGUUGAUUUUCACUUCUUAGUAUACCUCUGUAAGAUGGGUGUAUUGAGUGGAGAGGAGCUCGAUCUUCUCUUAAAAUUUGCAAAAGAAAAGAAUUACGACGACUAUUUACACUUAAUUCAAUCCGGCGGAUGGAUGACCCUCUUGACAAUCUUGGAGCAGAGCACCCAUUGA